UCAUGUGUGUCAUGACACUCAUGACAACACUAAACACGCACGUAAAGGACGCAGAGGAUAUUGUUGACGAAAACUGGAAAGGUUACAGUCACAGUAUUUUACUGAACUUGUACCUAUUCGUAAUAAUAUUUAAUUUGUGUUUUUUGUAACGAGUCAUUUAUAACCCCUGUAUAGAUUUCCCUGAAAAUGCUAAAUCUUCACUAUUAUUCCUUUGUUUGGUGUCCGUCGAAAUACGAAUAAAUGAAUUGUGAUUAUCCUGAGGGGAAUCGGGGGGGAAACAUUACGCCAUCAGCUAGAAAACCCAUUCACGGUUGCGGAGAACCAUACCAGAAAGCUAACAGUAUGGUCCGCUACGGGGACGACGGAGACAGCUCAGCCUCAGAUCAUGAACAAGACCAGGGUAUUGACGAAGUGGACAAUAUCAUGAGUAAAAUGUCUCGUGAAACCAGUCCACUGCCAAUAAGAAAAAAAAAGCGGUAUCAUACUAAUUCAAAUUCACAAGAUGGCGAAUAUUCUGAUGAUAACAUCAAUGAGCUUUCAAAAUCUUUACCUGCAUCGCUUCCCUCAUAUUCGUGUUACAGUGAUAAGUCAAAUGUUGAAGAUCGCAGCUACUUGUCUAUAUCACAAAGAUCACAAAGGAGUUUUACAGAUGAAAGACCUAAUUUUCAAAUGAAUAGAAGUAAUAGCAUGAGCGUCGAGCGUCGUCAAGAAUUUUCAAAAAGACGCGGAGUGUCAGUUGUGUCCGGGGAAGACAGUAAUUCUCAAAACACUUCACGAAUUUUUAUUAUAUUCAUCACAUUAGUUGCAGUAAUUGUAGCUGCUUUAUACACUAAACUUCCAAAUUUUGUCGCAUUGAAUGAUAGCAAAGAAAAAUAUACACAAACAGAACAUCAUGAUAGCAUUAUAUUUGAAAACAACAUGAACAAUCUACAGGAGAAAUACAACAUAGAUGAUAACUCUAUUCUCAAACUUAAAACUGGACUAUCAACAAUAUUCUCAAGGAUGGACGCUGGCUCAUUCAUGUUUGUUUAUGACACCAACACUAAUAACUUCAACCCAAUCCGGUUUGAUAAGUUCAUAGAUGAAGUUUCAUUUACAGCCGCUCGAUAUUUACGUAACCAUAUCGCGGCGCCAAAACAUACGGUGGUCGUAAGCUCUAACCUUGAUAUGCGAGAACAUGGCGAGCUUAUUGCUAAAUAUCGUGACGAGGUUUACAAAUCCGGAGUGCUGCUUGUCAAGGAGGUCGAGGGAGUCCCCUCAGACCUUGCGAUGGCCUUCCAUUACUACUGCGAUGAGUAUGAGCCCCUUGUGAAAAGGAGUGCAAUAUUUUUCACGCUAAACAUUGCCAACUGCUCCAGUAUACCAGAUCCAGAAUCUACACACAAUUUUAUUGAGAAAUGUCUUGCCAGAAAAUGGACAACUGUGCCAAAAGAAAAUAUGAGGCCUUUAUUAACAAGAGUUGUUGAUGUUAUAAUUGACGUCACCAGUGUGUUUUAAUCAGUAUUUAUUGUAAUUUAAUAACUUGUUAUCAGCUUACCAAUUUUUAUUUAUUUAUAAGUUUUAAUUAAAGACACUUUUAAUAUAAAUAAUUUCGUUUUAUAAGGCACCUGUUUCGUUUUAUCUCCUUUCUGGCCUGAAUCCAUAUUUUAAAAUUUGAAUAAUAAAGAUACUUACAAACACACAACUUACAAUUAAGCAGCUUUGCCAGCUUGGACACAUCCCAGCUUUGACAGGGAUGAAGGUGAUUUUUUUACGCAUUCUAAAUAUAUUUACAUGAUUUUUUUAAAUUUUCAAAUAAAAUACGGUGAUUUUUAGUAUCAUAGUUGUACUUAUAUAUUUUUUUUAAUCCUGCAUCGCGUGUUUUACUAACAAUCGAAACACAUGCAAAAAGUCAUCCAGUCGCAGGACAAGCAUUCGUGGAUCGCACUUGCGCUUGUCUUACGCGGGAAUUGA